AUGAAGUACUCCCUCCUUCCAUUGGCCCUAUUGGCCACCGUGCCCGCCGUCUUAGGGCAAAACGCGACCUUCCUUACUGGCUUUCGGAACGCUCUUGACGCUGCUAAUCUUACGUCAUUCGCCUCUGCAACCGAGGAGCUCAACACAACUGUUGCUGGGAGGGACAUCUUGGCUGCCAUUUCGAGCGGCCAACCCUUCCUUUUAUUCGCGCCCAACAACACUGCACUGGCAAAUGGCCCCUCGAAUUCCACCACGAACAUAACUGAUCUGCUCUCGUACCAUAUCGUGCCCGGAAACUUCAGCGGCGUGAAGACGACCUAUCCCAACAUCACGCUCGGCCGCACCCUCCUCAACGACUCGAGCCUUGUUCACCUCGAGGGCAAUAAGAGUCAGGUUGUUGCAUGGGCCACGUUUUUGGAUAACAAGACCCACGUCCUGAACCAGAAUAACAAUACGGAAGUCACCAACGUCACGACCUAUGGCAAUAUUACCGUCUACACCGUCACUUCCGUGCUCGAGUACCCCGGCACUUUUGAAGACCUUGUACUAUACGAUAACAUAUCGCUGACGGGGUUCAAUUCCACUCUUGGCAACAUCAGCAUACCGUACUACAAUUCGACCACGGGCUCGGAGAACGACACAGUGGUAUUUGACAUCAUCAGCGACCUACGGGGUUUCACCCUCUUUGCACCGAGUACCUGUGCGAUCGAGGAGCUGUUGGGCCAGUUGUUGGUCUUGGAGGACAACACCACGCUGCUCGAAAUUAUUUUAGAUAACCACUUCAUCAAUGGGACCUCGGUUUACUCUCCGCAGCUUGUCGGCGCGAACUACACGUCCGCCGGCGGCGAGAACUUAACGUUCAGUAUCAACGCGACGGGGCAGUAUGUCACCUCCGCCAACACGACCGCGCACAUCAUCCAGCCGGAUCUGCUUCUCUGGAACGGUGUCGUGCAUAUCAUUGAUCAGGUGCUCCUGAACACGAAGGAGAAUGCGACCAUCGCCAGCUCUGCUGCGGCGUCUGCGACAUCCGCCGCUGCGCAGAACGCAACCGCAUCCGUGACGGGCCCGAUUGGUUUCUCGCAGACUGCGUCACUCUCUGCCAAGAGCUCCGCCUCCGGUUCUAAAUCCAGCUCCGCCUCCAGCUCUGCAUCCAGCUCCGCUUCCAGCUCUGCCUCUAGCUCCGCGUCCAGCUCCAGCUCCGCCUCUAGCUCCCCCUCCAGCUCCACCUCGAGCUCCCCCUCCACUUCGGCCUCCACCUCCACCUCCAGCUCUACCUCCACCUCCGUCUCCAGCUCUGCCUAA